CAGACAAAAUCUUCUUACUAAGAACUUCACUAUAUCAGUCUCAUUCAUUUCUUAAUCUUACAGAAAAAGCUCACCCAAAAUUCGAACCGCCAUUAUUCAAUUUUCUUCAAUAUGCAGCGUUUUCCGCCAUUAACAAACCUCUUCUUCGUCUUCUUCCUCUUCUCCAUUUCUUCAAGUUUUUUCGAAGUAGUUGUUUCCGAAAAAGGGUUUUGCUCUGCUCCAAAUUCCGCCAUUAAUGGCGAAAAUACCAAAGCUUUGUAUUGGAAAGUUACUAACCCUACCCUCGCACCUGUUCAUCUCGAAGAUUUACCUGGGUUUACUCGAAGUGUAUACAAAAGAGAUUAUGCAUUGAUAACGCCUGAAAGCCAUGUGUUGAGCCCUCUGCCUGAGUGGAAGAAUACCCUGGGAAUACAUUUGAUCACACCGGCAAUGGGCUCACACUUUGUCAUGUACAUUGCCAAGAUGCAAGACAAUUCAAGAUCAGCACCCCCUCCUGUUGAUGUUGAGAGGUUUAUUUUUGUGGUUGAUGGAGCUGUCACUUUGACUAAUGGCUCCGACAACAGUCAUAGCCUAGUGGUGGAUUCAUUUGCUUAUCUUCCUCCAAAUUUCCAGCAUUCAAUUGACAGUGAUACACCUGCUACUCUUGUUGUUUUUGAACGAAGGCAUUCUUAUCUGGGCAAUCAUGUUCCUGAGCUUACAAUUGGCUCAACAGAUAAGCAGCAACUGCUUGAAACUCCUGGAGAGAUUUUCCAGCUCAGGAAGCUUCUUCCGACUUCAAUGGCCUAUGAUUUCAAUAUCCAUAUAAUGGAUUUUCAGCCUGGUGAAUUUCUCAAUGUGAAGGAGGUUCAUUAUAACCAACAUGGUUUAUUACUUCUGGAAGGUCAGGGCAUUUACAGAUUGGGUGACAGCUGGCACCCUGUUCAAGCAGGCGAUGCUAUAUGGAUGGCGCCAUUUGUGCCUCAAUGGUAUGCUGCCCUUGGGAAAUCCAGGACACGUUAUCUUCUAUACAAAGAUGUAAACAGGAAUCCUCUGUAAUGUUGUUUGGGUGAUGUGAUGAAAAAACAUACUGAUGGAUUUUUCGCAUCGAUGUGAAAGUCCAUGUGUUUUGUCAUGGUCAAGUCUGUGUACAAUUACCUUAUCUAUUGCAUAAUAAAGACUUUUUUUUGGUUUUUU